GUUACUUUCAUGCUUAUUUUGUGGAACGCUUCUGCGGUAUUUUGCCUAUAAUAAAUGCGAAAUAUUUACUUAUUUUACAGGCAUCAAAAUUUAAAGUAGCCUCAAGAGACCUUUUUAGCUUGCGAUUAAUAAGGUGCACAAGGAACUUUCAGUACGGUCCAAAACUUAAAGCUAACAUGUAAGGAGUACUGCGUAUUUAUCAGCGAUAAUAAGUCUCAUUUAUUUGUCAAAGCUAUCUGGGCCUUUGGGACCCUUUUUUACAGAAGAGUCUUGGAUUUAAUGCGUAGUGGAAUUAACAGGAACUUUGAGCUGAUUCAAGUAAUCGGAAUGUCAGGCUGACUAGUUGAUUUAUAUAAGAAUUUAGCUUUGAACGUUAACCGCGACAAUCAUUAGCAUUCACCGGAUAUGACUACUGUCCCACGUUUUGGAGCAGAAAGUAACAGUAUUAUUGUAUGUCCAAACUGUUUCAGAAAAACCAACCGACUUAGCGUAAUCCAACUUCAUUUCAGGAUCUUGACGAUAAUAUUUUUUGAAGAAUAAUAAACUGAAACCUGGACAGCCAAAUUACGGUUGAUGAGUUCACUCCCAUGUAAUGCCAUUCUGUUUCUACAUUGUUUUCUCCAGUCAGUAAACAUGUUUAAGUGGAAUGUAGGCUUCCUACCUUACUUUUUGCGUAGAUAUCUAAUAAAGUAGGGGACUAUGGAAUGUAUCUUAUCAAGCAGUAAGUCUCAUCCAUAAACACUUCUAUACGUUCUGGUGAACUCACUAUUCUAGGAAACAUAAAACGACAUAUUCAGGUAGGUUUUCAUAAUACAUAGGCUUUAACGUUCUAGGGAUUAACUUUUUUUCAGUUUUUUAAACUGGAUCCAUAGCCUACUGUCGUAGACGGGGCUGGCUGCUUUGUUACGGCACUUACGUCGUUAAAAGGUACUUACUGUACAUUAAAGUAAAUGAAUACGUCAUGUAUUCUCUAAAGAGUCCCAUAAUCCUGUAGCUUCCAAUUUUCGUCAGUUCUAGCAUGUUAUGUCCAACCACAGAAUCCAGGGUCUGAAUCAAAAAGGUAUUACAAGAUGCUAGGCUGUUAGAGUAUCUGCAAAUGUAACUCACCUACCAUUGUGGGUCUGUUUCUCAAACCAAAAAUUCAUAUUGCUGUGUACUUAGUCCUUCUGUUUGACUUCCCCAAUUUGAGUGAUAGGAACAAAAGUAACCCAUAUCUCGUUAGUUUCAAGUCAAGUACCAACAGUUUAAUUAUAUCUCAAGGCAGAGUACUCUUGUACUUGGUCACUAAGUUGUGCUAGCUAUCGCCGAUUUAAUAGCAUCUUCUCAUAACAGGUCUCCACCGUUCUUAUGGUCAGAAAACAAAAAAAAUUACUGAAACAGCAAUCAACUUAUGAUUAUAACAAUGGUUUGUAUUUUUUCAAACCAUAAAACUUAAUAUUUUGAGUUAUCUGUUAGUAAUAUCCUAAAAAUCUCUCGUUACUAGUCAUUAUUUCCACAUCUGUUAACGGUGUAUACUAUUAUGCAAAUGUACUGACUAUUACUUAUCGAUAAUACCCUAACCUUCUAAAUUCUGUCUCUUUAUUAUAUUUGCAUUAAACUACUAUAUAUUUCCCAUUGUAUUUCCCGUCCAUUAAAAUGUAUCUAAUAUUUUUUGGCACAAAUAAAGUUCUUUACAUCCAUUAACUCAUCUAAAAUAGGCUUUUCAAGAUUAUCUGUCAUCAGCUUUAAAGCAGUUCAUUUUGACUCGGUCGUAUACAACAUAGGACUUAGCACAAAUAAGCAGUGGCUUUAGAUUCCGUACUAUAUCAUCACGGUGAGACAGAGUUGGCAAGAUGAAUCCCAAAGGGGUUCUAAUAAUAAUACUAGUAUUAGUGGUAGCAAGAAAGGUUAGACACUGGCGAGUACGAUUUAAAAAGAAGGGAUAAACUUGAGACGUAAGAAAGAGAGAACCUCGACUAGAUGAUCUGCAUCUAUCUAAAUGGGCUAGUCCAAUAAUGAAUGACUAUCUAGAUUGGUACCAUGUCUUGGUUUGGCCAUCUUUAGUUUUCUCCCAACCCAUUCUUACCCUAGCCCACAUUUUGCAGUGAAAUAGUCGGUGGUUGGCCUACACAACAAGUACUCAAGCUAGCCCAACAUAUUUGUCAUCACUGUUUAGUGAUCUGUCCCUAAACUCAUUACUUUCAAUUCAUUUUUAUCACAAAAUGCGAUUAAUUCUUCGAAAAGCAUUUAAAUUUUCAAAGCGAGAGCAAAUUGACUUAUUUUUUGCAGAGAUGGAUUAAUUAAUCUAAAGACUGAUACACAAAAAUCCACUUAUCAUAUCUAUUUUUAUUAUGUUUGUGGUCGACCAACUUUUCAAUUAUGUACAAGUCGGCCCAUUCUCUUUACCACCGAAUGAUGUUAAUCUUUGUUCUUUUUAUCUUACUCAGAUGUCGUUUCGUGACUCAGUAGAUUAUGUGUCCCAAGAUCGUAUCAGUCAACUUGCUCGUACUUAUUGGAUUACAACACCAGGGUCAUUAAAAAAUAGCCAUUCAUCAGCAUGUCCAACAAACAAAUACAAACCUUUUCAAUCAAGUGUGAUGGAACGGAUUUAUCGUCAGGAAUUGCUGGCCUCUGGAUUUUCACAUCGCCGAUGUCUAGCUCUUGAAUUGAAUCAGUACUUAGAGCAAUGGCUUUGGCCACAUUUUGAACCAGAUAUUAGCAGCCGUGCCCAUGUUUUAUCAAUCUGUGCAAUGGUUAAUGAAAAAGCCCGUGGUCGUGUCCCGAUAUGGCCGACUUUUGUAGCUACAGCGGAUAAAUUUAGUGGACUUAUUCAUCGUGUACUGCAUAUUCUACUUGAUGAAUCUCCACAGAUAUUAACGGUUAAUCCACUACUCACUGAGAUCAACACAAAGUCUAAAGAUGAUGAUAAUGAUGAGAAAGACAAACACCAAACGUCUGACGAAUCAUCAAAUCCAGUACAACAGAAAAAAUGUAUUCUGGAGCAUAUAGUUCUUAUUAUUUUCUUAUCACAUUGUUUUACGAAUUUGGCUGAAGUUGGUGUAUUACGACGUAGUCUUCGUGAAUUAUAUAGUUUAGCUAUUUGGCAAGAUCAUCUUCAACCGACUCGUUUAAGUCUUGAACUAAAAUCACAUCCACGAUAUGCUCGCUUAUUAAAAAAACUACAGAAAUAUCGUGAUACAAAAGUUUCCCCCACUGAACGAGAUAAUAUGGUAUUUCAACAUUCAUUUAUUCCACGAAUUUUGGAUGUGUUUUUAACUUUGUUAAAUUCAAUACCUGAAAAGGAUGAAGAUAAGCCUAUAGAACCUUUGUUGAUUCACUACUUAGAACGUUUCAUUUUAUUGUUAAUCGAUUUGGAAAGUAUGCUGCUUACACGUCGAAUACUAAAUGUUGUUCUCGACGACAGACACAUUGUUGUAUAUUGUCAGAAAUCUGCACUUAUCAAACGUCCAGAUGGGAAGUUAUUUUCAGAACUAGUUGAUUUGUUAGCCUUUUACGCUCAUUUUCAUAUUGAUGAAAGUACUGGCGAACCAUUGGAUGAAGCGGAAAUGGAUAAAAGACACUGUGCUAAGCUAAGUAAUUUACAAUUGAAAACAUUUGCAUCGCAUAAAGAUAAACUUCUACCAUUCUCUGUCUCACAUCCUGCGGGAAUUGAAACUGCACAAUUAUUACGUAAACAUUUAUCAGUGUUAGACAGAGAUCAACUUUAUCAACUAGCUUCAUGUUUUGGUCUUGUUACAUUGAAAAAAGAAUCUAGUCAAAAUAAUGAAGAAAAUAAGAUUGAUGAUGAUAAUGAUGGUCAAUUACCACCUGCAAAACGAAUUCGUUCAAAUGAUCAAGAUAUAGAAGAGUUUAAUUUAAGCUGUCUUAGAGAUAAAUUGGAAGCUAAAUUUAUGGAUAAAGAUUUGAUAAUUCGAAUUUUAAUUCAUCAUUUUGCUCGUCGUCAAUCUGAAUUGGAAUAUAUCAACAGUUUAUCAUUAUAUCCUACGGAAGAUUUAAUUUGGGAUGAGAAUCGCGUCCCAACGGAAUACUAUUCUGGUGAAAAUUGUUUAGCAUUACCAAAAUUAGGCUUACAAUUUUUAACUUUACAAGAUUACUUACUAAGAAAUUUCAAUUUAUUUCGUUUAGAGUCAACUUAUGAAAUCCGACAAGAUAUUGAAGAUGCUAUUAUUCGUUUGAAAGCAUGGCGUGGUGAAUUUGAUCAAGCCGUCUUUGAUGGUUGGUCAAGAAUGGCUUUACCAAUACAAGCAUUUAAUAUUGUUGAAGUAGCUAAACCAGAUUUAGGUGCAAAACAUCCAGCACGUGUACGUGCUGAUGUACGUGUAGCGCUUGCUGGUCUUCGUCCAGAGAUUCGUAAAGAAUGGCUUGGUUUACGACGUCAUGACCCAGUGUUUCUAGUAACAAUACGACCUACUAAACAACAAGGAUGGAAAUUUAAUAUGAAUGAACCGUUUGCAUCACAAGUUGGUCUACAUUAUGUUCGUGGUUGUGAAAUUGAAGGUCAAGUUGAUAAGGAAGGUAAACUAGUACCGGAUGAAGAACGUUUAGGCUUUUUACCAUUGAAAGGAGAAAAGCCCAACUUAGUUGAUACUUUACCAACAUGGCGUGUACGCUUAGAUCCUGUACAAUAUCAAACAGAUUUAGACCAUUUAAAAACUGAACAAAUGCGUGCUGAAGUGUUACGAUCAAAAGUGAUUCGAGCAAAACGUGAAGGACGUACUACCGAAGAAAUCCAAGCAUUACAGGCACAAGUUGAUGAAGCUGAACAAGUUUCACCAGAAGAUUUAUAUGAUACAUUCAAUGUUUUAAUUAGACGAAAACCAAAAGAAAAUAAUUUCAAAGCUGUCUUAGAAACUAUAAGGGAUCUUAUGAAUAUUCGAUCCGUUGUCCCUGAAUGGUUAUUAGAUUUAUUGAUGGGUUAUCUUGAUCCUGCCGCUGCACAUUAUACACAUCGUUCAGAUGUAUAUGAACCGCGACAAAAUUGGCUGGAUACAUUUUUAUCACCAGAACAUUUAAAACACUCAUUAUCUCAGUAUAAUGUACAGUUUACAGAUAAACGUCAAAGUCGUAAAUGGAAGUCUAGUUGUCAGACUGAAAUGUCAGAUAUAACUGAUCCCACAGAUCAUCUACCUGGACCACCUUAUCGUCUUAUUUUUCCAAAAUUAGAAAAUGAUCCAACUGCAAAAGUCGAAGCAAUGAUCCCAUCAGAUAUGAUUAUUCAGAAGCAUUCAACUAGUAGCGCUAAUGUAGAUACUUCUAACAAUCAGUCUGGAAAUGAUGAAAAACCAACUUUGAUUGCUGAAGCUUACGAUCCACCUUUACAGCCGCCUUGGAGUUUACUUGCUCAGGCUGGAGGUCAUCUGCCUAAUGGCCUCUCAUCCAUGAAUUCUAAACUUGGCAACAAAGUCCCAUUCACACCAGCACAAGUAGAAGCUAUUCGAUCUGGUAUGCAAUGUGGUCUAACUUUGGUAGUCGGUCCGCCUGGUACUGGGAAAACAGAUGUAGCUGUACAAAUUAUUCAUAAUUUAUAUCAUAAUUACCCUAAUCAACGCAUUCUUAUUGUAACUCAUUCAAAUCAAGCAUUAAAUCAAUUAUUCGAGAAAAUUAUCGCUUUAGAUGUUGAUGAACGUCAUCUUUUACGUUUGGGUCAUGGAGAAGAAGGUUUAGACACUGAUAAAGACUUUUCACGUUAUGGUCGAGUUGAUUAUAUUUUAGCUAAACGUAUACAUCUUUUACAAGAAGUGACACGUUUAGCGAAAACAUUAAAUCCAUCAUCAGCUAUUCCACAAUUAUCUACCGAUCACCUGCCUGAUUCCGAUUUAUCUGAUUCAACAAAUAGUUUUCAUUUACAAACUUGUGAAACUGCUCAAUAUUUUUAUAUUCAAGAAGUUUUAUCACGUUGGGAAGAUUUUAUUAGUAAGAUAGCUGCAAGUGAUACAUCACACCAUUUAAUGAGCAAUACAAAUCCAAGAAAUCAAUCAAUGACAGAAGAGAACACAGAAAAAGAUGUUGUGAUUUAUGAUCCGAAUUUAAUUCGAAAUAGUUUUCCGUUUACAGAAUUUUUCACUGGUCAAAAAACUCCAUCCAAUGAAGUAAUGAGUCAAUUGUUUCCGGGUCAAAAUCUCUUGGAAGAUGUUGCUUUAGCACAUGCCUAUUUUCGUUAUCUUCAUUCUAUAUUUACUCAACUAGAUGAAUUUCGUGCUUUUGAAUUAAUGCGUACCGGAACAGAACGUGCCAAUUAUCUUUUAAUCCAAGAAGCAAAAAUUAUUGCAAUGACAUGUACACAUGCUGCAUUACGUCGAAGAGAUUUAGUUCAACUAGGAUUUACAUAUGAUACAAUUUUAAUGGAAGAAGCAGCACAAAUAUUAGAAAUUGAAACAUUUAUUCCACUACUUUUACAAAAUCCUGAUAUAUCCGGUAGAAAUCGAUUAAAACGUUGGAUUAUGAUUGGUGACCAUCAUCAGUUACCACCAGUUGUUAAAAAUCAAGCAUUUAAUAAUUAUUCGAAUAUGGGUCAAUCAUUAUUUGCACGUUUAGUGAAACUUGGUGUACCAACUGUACAAUUAGAUGCACAAGGUCGAGCUAGACCAUCACUUUCACGUUUAUAUAGUUGGCGAUAUGAUCGAUUAACUGAUUUACCGCAUACAUUGAAUGAAGUACAAUAUUGUCUGGCAAAUCCAGGCUUUAGAUACGAUGUACAGUUAAUAAAUGUUGAAGAUUACAAAGGUAUCGGCGAAUCUGAACCCAGUCCAUUCUUCUAUCAAAAUUUAGCAGAAGCUGAAUACGUUGUUGCAGUCUACAUGUAUAUGCGUAUAUUAGGUUAUCCAGCUGAAAAAAUCACAAUACUCACUACUUACAAUGGUCAAAAACAUUUGAUUCGUGAUGUUAUAGCUGCUCGUUGUGCACAAAAUCCUUUAUUAGGAAAUCCAAGUAAAGUAACCACUGUCGAUCGUUUUCAAGGUCAGCAAAACGAUUAUGUACUAGUUUCAUUAGUACGUACACGUACUGUUGGUCAUUUACGUGAUGUUCGCCGUUUAAUUGUUGCUUUAUCACGUGCCAGGCUUGGAUUGUAUAUAUUUGCUAGAAUUGAACAAUUUGCCAAUUGUCCAGAAUUAAAACCUGCUUUUGAUUUACUUUUAAAUCGUACAUCUGAUGAAAGUAAACAAAUGAAACCGACUGAGCUACACCUAACACCAUGGGAAGUAUGGAUUGAUCCCCGUAGUCCAACGGUACUGAAAGGACAACAUCGUCUACAAACUGAUCAUAAUCUUAAUCAACCACCUUUGAUCAUUAAAGAUAUGCCACAAAUGAGCAAUUAUGUUCGUGAAUUAUACGAUCAAAAAUUGCAAUAUUUAAUGACUCAAUUACAAAAACAACAACACGUACAGAAUAAAACGAUAACGGUAGCGACUUCUGGUACUACUACUACUAUUGCUGCUGCCGCUACUACUACUACUACUACUACUACUGUUAACUCAAAAGAAAUUACUAUCGGCAAUGAUUCACCGUCUAGUUUAUCCAUUUCAAGCACAGAUUUAAAUAAAUUACCUCAAGAACAACAGCAACGGCCGGAGUCGGCUACUACCGAAAAUAAUCAUAGUGGUGAUGUUAUGGGUAUCAGUCAAGGAUCAGUCCAUACUGCUAGUCUUAUGUUGAUUGAUAAUGAUGACGCCUCUGGAGUUUCUAUCAGUACUCCUACUACUACUCCUACCAUCAACACAGAUGAAGCGAACGCUGAUAAUUCUGUGGAAAUGGCAGAUACUAAUUAAUAUUUUCAAUGUUUAGUAAUGUCUCACUAUGCUUUUAUUAUAUUGAAUGUAUAGAAUAAAUUUUUUCAUUUAAUUCA